UUCGAUUGCAGCAAGACGACACUCCUGUCAGAUAUAAGAGUGACGACAGGAGACGACGCAGGAGCCGACGUGCUUCGGAGGCCACAGACACAAUGUCGCUUGAUCAGUACCUGAAGAGCUUUCUCGAGACUCUGUGGUGGCAAGAAGCGAAAGUUCGUGGGGGCGAUGACGUGUUUCAACAGGAGUUCGACUCUCUCCGGAAACAGAGUACUCCUGCAGGGGAGAAGAACGCCCAGCAAGCCUUGAAAAACGUCAACAGAUCGAAAAAUCGAUACAAGGAUAUCAUACCCUUCGAUACCUCCAGGGUCGUACUGCCAGAAUAUCCUGGGGUGCCAGGAAGUGAUUAUGUAAAUGCAUCAUUAAUCAAGGGUGCUUCAGGGUCAAGUAGAGCGUAUAUCGCUGCACAAGGACCUCUACCUCAUACAGUUACGGAUUUCUGGCGGAUGAUCUGGGAAUACAACGUUAGCGUGAUCGUGAUGACAUGCAAUGAGAUCGAAGGCGACAGAUACAAGUGCGAGAAGUAUUGGCCGGACCAGAUUGGCGAGCGUCAACAAUACGGGAAUGUUUCGGUCGUUCUGGAGGGGUGGAAAGAAGUCUGUCCUGACUUCCUCGUGCGCACGCUACGCUCCCGAUGCGGUCAAACAACUCGAACCAUCUGUCAGUUCCACUACACCACCUGGCCGGACCACGGAGUGCCUGAAAGCAUCUCACCCUUAGUUGAACUAGUGAGACUCGUCCGUGAUUGUCAACCGAGUGAGGCACUCCCCGUACUAGUCCACUGCUCCGCUGGCUGCGGUCGUACCGGGACAUUCUGCGCGAUCGAUUACGUGCACGGUCUCGUACGCUCGGGGAAGCUCAACACUAAUUUGAAUCUCUUCAAGAUCAUCUCGGAAAUGCGCCAGCAACGGGUUGCCAUGGUGCAAACCAGAGAACAGUACGUACUCGUUCAUAAAGUCGUGGGAGCCCUGUUCGAACAGCAAUUGAAACUGUUGGAUUCCCAUAUAUAUCAAAAUAUUGACACGAUCCAGAAGAACAAGGGCGGUUCCCCGGGUCGUCUCGAGCGGAGCAAAUCAAUGGGUUCGCUCGAAGGCCGGAUCGUCGGCAAAGCGACUGUCAUACGUAGAGCUCAGCCAAAUCAAAGUGCCGGUAGACUAUUCAGCGCGACACUGAUCCCGAAAGGGGAAAACAAUAAUCUCGAAGAAGAGCAACUCAUGAAAACUCGAAGAACAUCCUCGGGUACCCUUUGGACCCAGGUUUGA